AUGCCGGUUUGUGACUGUAGCAACUGCUUACCCGAGGAAGCGGAAUCACUAUGGGUCGCGCAGAAAGCUCUCACCGUGGACAACUUUGAUGAUGCCAUGAAAUGCAGCGAGUUUGAUCUGGAGCAACUGGUCGAGGGCCUACCUAUAGUCCCACCUGCCGCAACACUUGCAAACCUCCCGGAGGCGCUGCGUUGCAAUGCGGACGAUUCCAUUAGGACCAGCAUGCCACUCGAACAGCUGGUCAAUCGGUGGUUAGAUGAGUUCAAAGGGUUAUUCUACAAGGUUUUCUCGGAGGACUGUGAAUUUGGACCAUGUGACUACUUCCCUGAAGAAGUAGCGUGGAACCUAGCCAAGAACAUUGAUAUGUAUCAUCAAUCUAGUGAUAUGAGGCAGAUCUUGGCGGGUGAAAUCAUUCCAGGCCAAUUCGAGGCGCUUUUUCAAACGUUUAAACACUGGCAGACCGAGACCGAAUCGACAGAUGCACUGACCCAAGCAGCCCAACAGCGCCGGGCCAUUAAGCGCAAUGCCCGCUUCAAGGUACCUCUUUCAGUUGAGGGUACUUUAUUGGCCAAACAGAAAGAGGCGCAAUUGAAGCUAGCGCUCAAGGAAGCCAAACUGGCCGAAAAGGAAAAGGAGGAAGAAUUGGCGAAUGCAUUGAAGGAAGCCAAACUGGCCGAAAAGAUUGAACAGAAGCGCAUCAAAGAAGAAAUGGGCAAAGCGAAAAAGCUCAGAAUUGCGGCCGAAGCCGCCGAAAGAGCGCGCAAGGCAGAACUCAGACAGAAGGAGCGUGAAGAGCGAACCCGGUUGCAGGCAGAGGCUAAGGCACAGAUCUCGCAACCCAAUGCCCCACGCCGGCGUAGCAAAUGCAAAAGCGACGUCUCUUUGGCAACUCAAUCCACCGAAGAGCCUAGCCAAGUCAAGCGGAAGUAUACUUCUGGUAUUCCGUACUCUGAUGUGGAGGGAUCAAAUUCGAGGCCGGGGCCUUCUACCGAGUGCUCAACAUCUAACCUUCGUCAGGAAACAACCCAUCUUCAUCAUCAGCCUCAUACCCCCUUGAUGAACCCCACCGAAAGCGGGACGAUUGACCCACGGCUGUUUCUUCUUGAAUGA